AUGCCGUCCGACGUUCACUCGUCACACAAGCGACCGACGCCCUUGGUGGUGCUGUCCGGAGGCCUCGUCUCACACAUCCACACCGCGCUCGGCUUCCUCGCUUUCUUCGGUGCACUCUUCACCGCGCUGUCAUUACAUUAUCAAAAGGUGGUCAAGAAUCAUGUCGCGCAGUAUCCUCAAGAAUGGUGGCCUUCCGUAUCCGCCACCAUUGGCGACUGGUACCCAGAGCGCAACAUCUUUCAGGUCGGAAUUGCUCUCAUGGCCGGCCCACGUUUUCUGCUUGUCUUCCUCUCGGCACUCCUCGUCUCGCUCUCGACGCCGGCACGAUCUCCAAAAGCAUCCAUAUUGCUCGUCGUUGGUGUAUGCAGGACCCUGGCUUGUGGCGGAUGGGUCUACGUCACCAGCACCGAUGAUCAUUUUGUCCAUGACAUUGCCAUGUUCGCCUAUCUCGCGCUGACACCGCCCUGGAUGUUCAUCACCAGCGGAAGUCUUGCCCAACCAAGCAUCUUGAGCCGUUCAGCAGGCUCGGACGAUCAGCUUGCUUCCAAGGCGCGACGUACCCGUAGGAUAGCCUGCUUCUCCUUCUUCGCUUGCACUCCCUUCAUGGGCUUCUUUUUUUACCGCCACAACGUCCUCCGUAUCCCAGGAGCAUAUUCGCAUUACGCUUACUUUGAGUGGGGCCUCAUCAUCUUUGACCUCUUGUUCGAUGCGGCAAGCGUCUACGACCUUUCUCGCUUCGAGAUCCACAUCGUCGAAGCACCGCAGCCAGAAGCGGGCUUGGACCCUGCAGCAGGCCAAAGCAAUACAUAUGGUCCAGAAGGGAGACGGCUUGUCGAUGGCGCUUGGGUGCGCGGGGGCAGGGCGCAAGCCAUCACGUCCGGAGCUUGGUCGGCUUCCCCCACCGACUCCCAGCCAGAAGGCCAGCCCACGAUCUCACAAAAGCAGGACGAGCGCGACGAUGAAGCCGUCGAUGCUGCUCUCAACGCGGUGCCGCAAGACCUGACCAGCCCCACCAGUCUUGGAGCCGUCGUCUCCCUCCUUGCGGACAGCUACCUUGCCUUCUGCUUCUGGACAGCCCUCACCGCUUUGCAUCCGAUGAUCUUCUACUUCAGCGUCUACAACCUGGCUGUUGGCGGCCACGAAGCUUUGCUCGUCUCGCAGGUCAUCGGUCUCGGGGUCACUCUAGCGGUGCCAGCACUACGAUCUCGUGUCCGUCGGCUUUCAACGAGCGGCGCGACCACCGUCGGACCCGUCUCGUCCCAAGCCAAGGCGCUUGGCUGGUUCUUGUCGCUCGUUGGUCAGGCUAGCUGGUACAUCGCCGAUCCGCUCACCCGGCUCGUUGCCGUCGCGUUCUCCAAUGCGCUGCUUGCUGUCCUUCUCGCCCUCGAGUGGGGCGCUGCCUGGGAAUCGGAUCAGCUGCCGGUCAAGGUCGGAGUCUGGCUCAUCGGUUUGCUCGCGUCUAUUUUGGCCAAGUACGCCAACCACAGCAACAACCCUGCUUGGCCCUUCAUGGACUCGACCAAUGGAGGUCACAACGUCGUGCUCCUUGCGCUGGCUCUCCUAGCGGUCGCAGAGAUGGCGCUCCGUCCCAAGUUCGACUAUCUACCUGCCGUUCAGCGGCGUCGCGCAGUGCAAGCUGUCACAUCAAUUCAAGAUGGCGACCUGCAAGCAAGCGAAACGGCGUCUGGAAGCUUUGCGGCUGCCGCUCUGGGCACUGGCGCCUUGAUCUAUGCUCUCGACACUUUCUUGACGGACACCGGCACCAUGAUCGCGUGGGGGUGGACUGGCUAUCCCAUCAAAGGUCCGAUGGCCAUCCCACACGGCUGCAUCAUCCUCAUCACAAUGGCCUUUGCGUCGCUCGCUGCGACACGCUGGACAGGCUUCGGAUACAGCAUCAAUCUGUUCAUCGUGCAGUGCGGCUCGGCAGCAUUGCUCUUCUUCACCACAGACUGGAUCAGCUUCGCUGGCGCUAUAGGCAUGGCCCUCAGCCUGCCGCCGCUGGUCCUGCCGAUGAUCUCGGCUGCUAUGCGGCAUGAUCCGAUCAAGGUGAUGCUUUUUGCAUGGCUCAUCGCCAACGUGCUGACGUUCCUCGGUGUCUUGACGGUCGCGUACGCUUUCGUGCCCGGCGGCAAAGUCAUGCGAGAAAGGACAGGGUUCAUGCUAGGGCUGCAAUUGGCGCUACUAGGCUUGGGUCUGAUCAACGCCCGCCGAGUCGACAGGCAGCGACUCAGCUCUCAGCGCUCUGGAAAGGUGGCUACAUCGUCAGCACAAAUCAGCAGCAAAGCGACGAAGGCAUCCACAUCUGGCGGGGAGGCACGGUCUGGGUCCACCUAUUACAUUUGCCUGAUCAUGGCCUUGAUCGGCCUCGUUGGAAACAUUGUUCCGCUCUACCGCAUUGUGCCGCCAUCCUCCAUCGUUCCUCACCACCCAGAGGAUCGGCUGGUGACGGCAGGCAUGUGGACGGUGCAUUUUGCGCUCGACCAGCACAUGCGCGACAGCUCGCGACGCAUGGCGUCCAUCAUGAAGACGCUCGAUAUGGAUCUCUUUGGCCUGGUCGAGUCAGAUUUGCAACGUCCUGUCUUUGGUAACCGCGACCUGACUCAAUACUUGGCGGAAGAGCUCAAGAUGUACACCGACAUUGGCCCGGCUCCCAGCAAGAACACAUGGGGAGCCGCGCUCUUCUCGAAAUUCCCGAUCAUCAACUCGACACAUCACCUGCUGCCCUCGCCCAAUGGCGAGCUUGCUCCGGCCAUUCACGCAGUCAUCGAUCUCUACGGCACUCCGACGCACGUCGUCGUGUCGCACAAUGGACAGGAAGAGGACCCGCUCGACCGCGAGCUGCAAACCACCGAGAUCGCCCGCAUCUUCCGCCACAGCUGGCCGCAUCCCGCCAUUUUUCUGGGAUACGUGGUGACAAAACCACAUGCAGAGCGACCCGCGCCCUACAAGAUCCUCUUCGAGGACGGCAAGAUCCAGGAUGUCGAGCCGACUGACUUUGGCAGGUGGUGCGAGUAUCUGGGCUUCCGAGGGCUCGAGAGGAUCUCGUACGUGCGAGUGUCGAGGUAUACUGUGACGGACACCGAGCUUCAGACGAUGAAGCUGGUCGUGCCGAAAGAGCCGAUCAAUCCGGAUGAGAACGAGCUCACUCGGUUUGUGAUCAUGGAGACGUAUCCAGAGUCGAUGCGGUAUCCAUUGUCGCUUAUCGACACCAAGUCGAUGGUGUACGACAAACACCUCUACUCGCCAUAUCCCUGGCCAAUCUACUAUGGGCGUCCUGUGCCUGACUUCUAA